AAGCGGCAUUACCAGCCCAAACCACUCGCGAUUGCCGUACGACAGUUUCGGUAGAUCUUUUCCGCAGUUUGUUGUGGUAGUCAGUUGGUUGUGCUGCCAGUGUCAAGGAAUACGCCAAGAUAAGACAAGUCAGCGGCGUGUGACAUGUUGGUUGAGGUGGUUCUUGCCGCUGCCUUGGCGGUUCUGCUAUGGUUCGCUGUCUUCAGGAAGCCAGAGGGACUUCCGCCAGGUCGCUGGGGUCUGCCCGUGAUUGGCUACAUUCCUCUGACCAGAAAAUCUAUGGAAGAGCAAAUUGUCGAUCUUCACAAGAAACAUGGCAGCAUUGUUAUAUGGCGAAUGGGGUGCCAGCUGAUGGUGUUUAUCUCGGACUACCAGCAGGCAAAAGAGGCUAUGGCAAAAUCUGAGUUUGCUAAUCGACCAGACUGGGAUAUGUUUACAUUUCUUGAAGAACUUCCACUAGGUGUCGGCUCGAGCAACGGGGCCCACUGGCAUGCCAACCGUCGUUUCACCCUUCGGCAGUUAAGGGACCUAGGAAUGGGCAAAUCCAAGCUAGUGACAGGAGUCCAAGAGCAGGCACGCAAGCUGGUCGAACGGUUGAAGGAGCAGGCCAAUGAACCAAAACCAGUUCCUCAUGCUAUGAAGGUGGCCGUCGUCAACGUUAUUUGGCAGAUGGUGGCAGGUAAAAUGUUCGACAUGGAUGACAAGAGAAUGAAGGAAUUUGACAAGCUUCUGGAAGAUUUGAAUGCCGCCACGUUUGCGUUGGGUGUGAGGGACUUCUUCCCGGGUCUGAAAUAUUUGCCCAAAUUCGUCCAGAAUCGUGUCUUCGGUUUGGAUCGUCUAGAGGAAUUUAAAGAAAAAUUCUUCAUUUAUUUUGAUGAACUGAUCCAAGAACACAAGGCUUCCCUGGACCCCGAUAACCCAGGCGAUCUUAUCGAUGCUUAUCUUUUGGAGAUGAAGGAAGGCAGCGGGAGCCCGGAUGUCGUUCGCAGUGAAAGGGACUUGGCUCUCCUGACCCUCGACCUCUUCUUCGCCGGGAGUGAAACGACGACGAACACCCUCACCUUCAUGGUCCAAUACCUGGCCAUGCACCCCGAGAUUCAGACGACCAUGCAGAGGGAGAUAGACGAAGUGCUGCCCAAGGGUACCCUGGCGACGCUCGAAGACAGGGCCAGGCUGCCCUACACCGAAGCGGUUCUGCAUGAAGUCCUCCGCUUGUCUUCCCUCCUCCCCAUCGGAGCCCAACACAGCGCCACUAAAGACAUGCAUUUUGGAGGAUAUUUAAUUCCAAAGGGUUCGGCCAUCUGUACGUCGGCGAUGUUGAUGCACGCCGACCCGAGGUACUGGGAGAAGCCGGAGGCACUCAAGCCCGAACGCUGGCUCGACGAGAACGGGAAGUUCACCACGAAGAAGGAGGGGUUCCUGCCCUUCGGUUCGGGCAAGAGAGUGUGCCUCGGGGAGUCCCUGGCCCGCAUGGAGCUCCUCAUCUUCGCCACGGCAAUGCUUCAGAGCCUCAGCUUCGCCCCGCCCAAAGGUUCCACGCUGGACGUCACAGCUGAUCCCGCGGUGCCCAUGUUCCAUACCCCGAGGAAGCAAGACAUCUGCAUCACUGUUCGCUAAAUGAGUAGCCGACACUUUCUAUUCGGAGGAUAAAUGAUUUCUUCGUUAUGAUGUGCCAGGUUCCGGUGGCAGACGACGCUUAUUUUUUCAGGUUUAUUCGUAAGGGAGAGGGAUUAAAAAACACGGGUCCAUCAACAAUCCCUCUAUAGCGAGGAUGUCAGACUCAUUUUCCAAGGCCAUAUUUCGCCUUCGUGAGUCGAGGUGACGAAACGACCAUAUGGUUGACGUAAGAAUCAAGAGCCUAUUUUAGACAUUACAAAAUCAUAACAUUAGACAAAAAUGUAAAGUGUGAAGGCCUGAUUUAAUUAAUCUUGUAAAAGGGCCCACUGUAAAACCGAAAUAGCAAAUGUUCCUCGGGCCGUUUGUGUGACACCCCUCCUCUGUAGUGUGUAGACUUAUUCCAAGAUUUCCAAGCCUGAGAGUAAUAUCUUGAGUAAGUGCAAUGAGCAGCAGAUAGAGUUAGAAAAAAGUGUCGUCCUUGAAAUUUUAAAUAAAAGAAAACCCUGAAGUAGAGUAUCUAGCAAAGAUCUUCAAGUCCUGUGAAAUAUAGAAUAAGGAAGCGAUUCAUAUAUCACUAUCAUAUACCUCCCUUUGCAGGUACUUAACACAACCUUUGAACGUAAAAUGCUUCCUUCACAUUUUCCUUAGUUCAUUUCACUCCAGAUUAAAGACAGCCCCCCCCCCCUCCGCCCGCUCUUUCUUUCGGGGUUUAAUAAACUAUGUGGAAAUAAGCACCCAUAUUGGAUUUUGUCGUAUCAACAUCAUGGGAUUAUUUUAUGAACUGAAAUUCUUCGAUUUUAUGACCGGGAUUUGCUUAUCUUAUCCAGUGUCGAUUACGGUAAACAUGUAGGGUGUCGCCAUGGAGUGGUCAUGCUCCAAGAAAUAUUUCGGAGAAAAUUGCAACACAUAUUGCAGUAUUAUUGAGUGCAACCUGGGAGGAUAGGUCGUAAAUGGCAUCGCAGCUCAAUAUGGGGUUGCUAUGUCUUUGUCAGUGAUGUUAUAAGCCUAAACAAUGCAAUUACGGACUUCUUUGUUCACGAAAGAAUGUCCAACGCUCUAGCUUAAGGGUACAGAUUCCUCGGGCAUUUUAAGAAUACCUCCAGAGAAUAGAUCGUAGCCUUGCUCUCUCUAAAAUAUUUGGCUUGUGUUUUGUCUUUUACGUUGAUAAUCAUCAAUGUUUCAUUUUUGAGGCUUAGUGACUGGCGCAAGAAGGAUCCUAAAAUAUUAGAUUAAUUGACCCAGUAGCAUUUUGUGAUUUUUGCCUCGGUGCUGGACGUAUCACAUUUUCCCAGUGCUGGAAAUAUAUUCAAAAUGAACUAUACUUUUUGUAUAUUUAAUAAAAAGAGUUACUAUUAAACGAAAUAAAAUAUUUAACACGCGCA